AUGGAGGACGUGUGCGCCAAGUUCGUGUCGCAGAAGGUCAGCAAGGCCCGGUGGCGGCCGCCGCCCGCCGCCGCGCUGCGCCCGCCCGACUGCUUCGCCACCGGCUCCUGGGACAACGAGGAUAACAGGAUUUCCAUCUGGUCUGUUGGAGACCUUGGCAGUGUGGGCCUCAAUGGAGAAUACCAAGGAGAGCCUCAGCUGCUGUGCGACAUCAGGCACAAUGGGGACGUCAUGGACAUGCAGUUUUUGGACCAAGAGAGAAUUGUAGUUGCUUCAUCAACAGGAGAUGUGACUAUAUUCCGUCAUCACCAAAAUAAUCAGACUUUAUCUGCCAACCAGCGGUGGGAGAAAGCUCAUUAUCACGUGGAUCGAGGGGCAGCGUGUGGUGGGGCAGCAUGCACUGGAGUGAUCUGCAACAAYCCAGAAAUUGUCACUGUUGGAGAAGAUGGUAGAAUAAAUUUCUUCAGAGCCGACCAAAAGGAUGCAGUGAGAACUAUAGACAAUGCCGACAGCAGCACGCUCCACGCGGUGACUUUCCUUCGCACCACUGAGAUCUUGACAGUAAACUCCAUUGGACAGUUGAAAAUAUGGGACCUCAGACAGCAAAGAAAUGAGCCAUCUCAAAUAUUUUCUUUGACAGGUGACAGAGUUCCACUGCACUGUGUGGAUAGGCAUCCCAAUCAGCAGCACAUUGUGGCCACGGGAGGCCAGGAUGGCGUGCUGAGCAUAUGGGACAUCAGGCAGGGUACUAUGCCAGUGUCCCUGCUAAAUGCUCAUGAAGCAGAAAUGUGGGAAGUCCACUUCCAUCCCUCUAACCCAGAUCACUUAUUUACGUGUUCCGAAGAUGGUUCUCUUUGGCACUGGGAUACUUCCACUAGUGUAUCUGAAAAACCUUCUUUUCUUCAUCAAGGAGGAAAAUCUAGUACAUUCUUUGCCCACAAUACCAUUAACCAGUCCGUAGUAAGUGCCUGGCUAAGCAACGACCCUACCAAAGACCGCAUGGAGAUUACCAACUUAAUUCCAAAUCAGACUUUGUCUGUGAACAGUUUAGAUGUUUUAGGACCAUGUCUAGUAUAUGGUACUGAUGCAGAGGCUAUUUAUGUUAACAGACACCUUUUUGCAUGAUACUGCUCCAGGAUCCCUUUGAGUCACCUUGAAGAACUGGGAAAUGCGUCAGGUUCAUUGGGGUUUCCAACUAAACUGUUAUCAGCAGGUGGGAGACGCCUACACCUUGGCUCUGCUAUUGCAACAGGAAUGCAAAUUACCUCGGACUCUUAAAGUUGUCCCUUAUUUGAUGCUGUACUAGGGGUAAUCAGCUUUUUUGUACGUUUUACCUCGUUUCUUCCCCCCUGCCUGUCUGGCUUUGGUAAGCAGGAAGCUAGUCACAGGUCAGGGUGCCCGUUCUUAGCUGAUGUCCGGAACAUACAAGGUGAAGAAAAAGAAAAACCCUGGUUAUUCAUGUUUAUGUAGAGACAUUUCCAUGUAUUAAGACCAAAUUAAAAGGUUCUUUGAUAUUUUUUUUAUGUCGAGAGAGAUGGCUUUUUAUUUGGGAUUUUAUAUAUAUAUUUUGGAAACAAAGGUUUUUAUGCUGGUGCAUAAGAAUUGGAAAGGAAGACUAAAAGCUGUGAAAUGUAAAAGGUUCUGUAGGAAUCUUAACAUUUUAGUAGCAUUUCUUUGGAUUACUGCAACUUCAUCAUGGAUGCAGCAUGUUAAACUUGAUCUUUAUAAUGUGCCUAUAACUCUCUCGUUGGAAAAGUGKUUUUAUAGCUUGGUGAUCAUAACUGAUGGACACAUUGGCUCUGUUUUAAAAGAUGUAAUGGAGACUUUGUCAGUGUUGGACA